AUGUCUAGAAAGAUUUCGAUAGGUUGGAAGUACGGCGAACUCAUCAGAAUCAAUAAUUCCAAAGAACCCGAUCAUGUUAACCUCGAUGAUCAACAAGACUCGAAGAAAGAAGAAGAAGAAGUACCGGAAUCGAGUCUUCCUCCUCAAAUCGAUUCGAAGAAGAAGAAGCUGCUUAUUCUGAAUCUCAAUGGCUUUCUCAUCCGCAAAAUUCAUAUUCUUGAUUACUUCAGAUGCGUUUUCCUCCCGAAUCGUGUAGCUGAUUACCGAUUCUUAGAUACUAUACUUUUUAAGAGGCCGUUUAGCCAAGAGUUCAUGAGAUUCUGCUUACAAAGAUUCGAAGUUGCAAUCUGGUCUUCUGCAGUAGAGAAGAAUGUGCGUGGUGCUUUAACAUGUGCUAUAGGAGGAGAUUUAGUAGAUAAGCUGCUAUUUGUUUGGGAUCAAUCCCACUGUAACAACACUGGGUAUAAAUCUAUGGAGAAUGCUCAAAAGCCUCUUUUUCUGAAAGUAUUAGAACAUGUGUGGAAUCAAUAUCCAUCAUAUUCUGCUUCUAAUACUUUGUUGAUUGAUGAUAAACCCUAUAGAACCAUCCAUAAUCCGGUAAACACAGCGAUUUUUAUCGAAUCGUAUGAUUUAGAGAAUGAAAUGGACAAUUUCCUCGAUCCAAAUGGUGCACUAUGCGAGUACUUGAAUGGAGUUGCUGAAGCUGAGAAUGUUCAGGAAUAUGUUGAACAUUAUCGUUUUGGUUUACCACCAAUUACGCCCGAACAUCGUGAUUGGGAUUUAUUCAUGCUGAUUAGUUACAGUACUUUUGGAACUCUCGUCAAAGUCAAGGAUAUGCGAGAAGAGGAAAAUGUUAAUGAUGAAGGCUCAGAAGAUGAACUAGAAUUGAAUCUUCCUGUUGAGAACAACAUCAAUGCUGAAGUUGAACCUAAGGAGAAGAAGUUGCUUAUUAUGAAUCUUAAUGGCUUUCUUAUGCGCAGAAUUAAUCUUGCUGAAUGGGAAAGUCAUCCUUCGACUCGAGUCCCGGAUUACCUAUAUCGUAACUUUCUUCUUUUUAAGAGGCCAUAUAGCAAAGAGUUUAUGAGAUUCUGUUUAGAAAGAUUUGAAGUUGGGGUUUGGACUUCUGCUAGAGGGCAUAAUCUGGAUGGUGCUUUAACCUGUUGUAUAGGAGGAUUAACAAAUAAGCUACUUUUUGUUUGGGAUCAAAAUUCAUGUUGGGAUACUGGCUUUAGAGCAUUGGAGAGCUUAGGGAAGCAUCUAUAUAUCAAAGAAAUACAUAGAGUGUGGGGAUCAAUAGAUAAUGGGCGACGCUAUUCUUGUGCUAACACUUUGGUGAUUGAUGACAAACCAUAUAGGGCUGUUCGUAAUCCUAUGCAUACAACAAUUUUUACUCAGCCAUAUGAUAUAGAUGAUGAGGAGGACAAUUUGCUUGAUCCAGAAGGUGAACUGUGUAGGUACUUGAAUGGAGUUGCUGAAGCUGAAGAUGCUGGAGAGUAUGUUCAACAACAUCCUUUUGGUUUACCUGGAAUUACACCAACUCAUCCUGAGUGGGAGUAUUACGCAGCAUUUCGCCUCGCUUAUCAUGGGAAUGGAUUUCAUUAA